ACUUAAACGUUUCUCAGAUGAUACUGAAAAUGCCUCUGCUUGACCUUCGUGAAGAAGACCUUCAGCGCGGUGACUUGGUCCUCGUGGAUGGAAUGCCAUUAAUGGUUUCAUGGACAGAGACCUGGGAAAAAGUGAAGCAGUUUCAGGCCGCCAGUGGUGACCUUCUCAUUGCAACAUACCCUAAAGCAGGUACCACGUGGAUUCAAGAGAUUGUGGACAAUGUGUUGAAUGCUGACAACCUGAACAAGUGCCACAGAAGCCCCACUCAUGACAGGAUGCCUUUCUUAGAGUUUGUGUUGCCCAGGAAUAUAAUUUCAGGAGUUGAUCAGCUGGCUGCAAUGAAACCUCCCAGAGUUAUAAAAACACAUCUGCCGUUUCAUCUGGUUCCCAAGUCCUUUUGGGAGAAAAACUGCAAGACCAUCUAUGUCGCCAGGAAUCCAAAAGACAAUCUGGUGUCUUACUAUCAUUUCAGUCGCAUGUGCAAGACAAUGCCCGAACCCGGAACCUGGGAACAGUUUUUCCAGACUUUCUUAUCAGGAAAUGUUGCUUGGGGCUCAUGGUAUGAACAUGUGAAAGGCUGGUGGAAUGAAAGGAACAAACAGCAAAUCCUGUACCUUUUCUAUGAAGACAUAAAAGAGGAUCCUGGACGCGAGAUAAGGAAACUGCUGAAGUUCCUGGGAAAAGAGUUUUUGAGCGAAGAGACAGUUGAAGAAAUAGUGUGGCGCACGUCAUUUGAUGUGAUGAAAGAGAACCCAGAUGCCAAUUACAGCAGCCUCCAGAGCAUUUUUGACAAAAGUAUUUCUCCUUUCAUGAGGAAAGGUACAGUUGGAGACUGGAAAUCUCAUUUCACUGUUAGUCAAAAUGAAAUGUUUGAUGAGGACUACAGACAAAAAAUGGCCGACACAGAUCUGCGGUUUCGCUUCCUGCUUCAGCGAAGACAGGAUGCCUGAGAAAUAUGAAAAAAUGAAGCAGGAGGAAAGAAAAGAGUCCCAUCCAAAAAAUAAAAAGAAAGGAAAAUCAGGUGGGCAGCGUGUUUCUGCAGGGGUGCACAAAAACAAUAGAUGCUAUAAAUAAUCUGGAGAUAUUCCACAAAAUGUAUAGGAAGUAUCUAUAUACUUUUACUUGCUUUCCACAAUUUCUUAUGCUGUUAAAAAUGCAAAUGCAAAGUGAAUGUGAUGUGCCUUAGCAUUAACUAUCAUUUA